UACCAUCUGCAUGUGCAAAUAGAGGUACCUUUUCUUCCCCCCAAUUUCUGGUCUUCAGAUUGCUUCCUCUCGUGUAACUGCACUGUUAAAGAAGUGAACAGGUCAUGGCACGUUUAACAAAAAGACGACAGGCGGAUACGAAAGCUAUCCAGCAUCUUUGGGCAGCCAUUGAGAUUAUACGGAACCAGAAGCAAAUUGCCAACAUUGACCGUAUUACAAAGUAUAUGUCUCGAGUCCACGGUAUGCAUCCAAAAGAGACCACCCGUCAGCUGAGCCUGGCUGUGAAAGACGGUCUCAUUGUGGAAACCCUAACAGUGGGCUGCAAAGGCUCAAAAGCUGGUAUUGAGCAGGAAGGAUACUGGCUGCCAGGAGAUGAGAUUGCCUACAGUAUGCAGCCUUUCUCCAGGACAGCAACCCCAAACAAGGACUGGGAAACAGAAAAUCAUGACUGGUAUUGUUUUGAAUGCCAUUUGCCUGGAGAGGUGUUGAUAUGUGACCUGUGUUUUCGUGUGUAUCAUUCCAAGUGUUUGUCUGAUGAGUACAGGCUUAGAGACAGCAGUAGUCACUGGCAGUGCCCAGUUUGCAGGAGCAUCAAGAAGAAACAUACAAACAAACAGGAGAUGAGCACGUACUUGCGGUUCAUCGUGUCCCGCAUGAAGGAGAGGGCUAUAGACCUUAAUAAGAAGGGGAAGGACAACAAACACCCAAUGUAUCGGAGGCUGGUGCACUCAGCGGUGGACGUCCCCACCAUCCAGGAGAAAGUGAAUGAAGGGAAAUACCGAAGUUACGAAGAGUUCAAAGCUGAUGCUCAGCUGCUUCUCCACAACACAGUGAUUUUCUAUGGAGCAGACAGCGAGCAGGCCGACAUAGCGCGGAUGCUGUAUAAGGACACCUGUCACGAGCUGGAUGAACUACAGCUUUGCAAGAAUUGCUUCUAUUUGUCAAACGCUCGUCCUGACAAUUGGUUCUGCUACCCUUGUAUACCUAAUCAUGAACUGGUCUGGGCCAAAAUGAAAGGGUUUGGGUUCUGGCCAGCUAAAGUCCUACAGAAGGAGGACAACCAGGUGGAUGUCCGCUUCUUCGGUCACCACCACCAGAGGGCCUGGAUCCCCUCUGAGAACAUCCAGGACAUCACAGUCAAUGUCCACCGGCUGCACGUGAAGCGCAGCAUGGGCUGGAAGAAGGCCUGUGACGAGCUGGAGCUGCACCAGCGCUUCCUUCGUGAAGGAAGGUUCUGGAAGUCCAAGAACGAGGACCGAGGAGAGGAGGAGGCGGAGUCCAGUAUCUCCUCCACCAGUAACGAACAGCUGAAGGUCACUCAAGAACCACGAGCAAAGAAGGGACGACGUAAUCAGAGUGUGGAACCCAAAAAGGAAGAACCAGAGCCUGAAACUGAAGCAGUGAGUUCCAGCCAGGAAAUUCCCACGAUGCCUCAGCCAAUCGAAAAGGUUUCUGUGUCCACUCAGACCAAGAAGUUAAGUGCCUCUUCACCAAGAAUGCUGCACCGAAGCACACAGACCACCGGUGACGGAGUGUGUCAAAGCAUGUGCCACGACAAAUACACUAAGAUUUUCAAUGACUUUAAAGACCGAAUGAAGUCUGACCACAAGCGAGAAACAGAAAGAGUUGUACGAGAAGCUCUGGAAAAGCUGCGUUCCGAAAUGGAAGAGGAGAAACGGCAAGCUGUGAAUAAAGCUGUAGCCAACAUGCAGGGUGAGAUGGACAGAAAAUGUAAGCAAGUAAAGGAAAAGUGUAAAGAAGAAUUUGUAGAAGAAAUCAAGAAGCUGGCAACACAGCACAAACAACUGAUUUCUCAGACCAAGAAGAAGCAGUGGUGCUACAACUGUGAGGAGGAGGCCAUGUACCACUGCUGCUGGAACACGUCCUACUGCUCCAUCAAGUGCCAGCAGGAGCACUGGCACGCCGAGCACAAGCGCACCUGUCGCCGGAAAAGAUGAAGGCAGGUCUCGUGGAGCACCAGCGACGAGUACUCUUCUCAGACAAAGCGGUUUUUGUUUCCAAGAAGCCAAAAUUGUUUAGAAUUUGCUUCCCAUUUUGCACCAGCCUUUAAACACUUUUCGUGAAGAAAUUUUGCACAGUAGUUUAAAUCUUUUGUUAAUGUUCCUCCGGAGUUUUUCAGGGGGUAAAAGUAACAUCAGUGGAGGGUAUUAUUUUAAAUAAAUUUUAAUUGAGAAUUUGUUGCAUUUUCAGCAAAUUUUAAAACAUUUUUAGGUUUUACAGAGAUUUUAACCUUUAAACAACAGAUCUUUAAAAAUCAACAGGUGAAUACAAGUGAGUUUAACAAAGAAACAUUUAAAGUAGAUCUGAAUGUAAGAACUACAGAACUGUUUCAGAAAUAAAACAUACUACCUUGACGUGAAAUUUAUUUCUUAACCUUGUUGAGCUGGUUUUGUUCAGCUUACUUUACUGUUUAAAGGCAUUAUCUAUCUAUUGGUUAUGCCAGUGGGUAUAUGAUUGAAUUUAGGGAACAGGGUUGACACAGCAGGUGCUAGUCCUGCAUAUUUUUUCUUAAAUAUUUCCCAAUUGUGUUUUUCAUUAUUUCUUUUCAAUAUAUAACUUUUAUAACAAAUUAUUAGCUUUGAUCUUGUAGUUUAAAAUUGCAGGGAACUGGGGUAAUCUUUUACUGAGCUGGAUCUUAGAGAAAAUGAAUAUUUAAAAUUUAAAGUUUGCACAUUUCAUCUUUGUCCUAACAUGAGUGCUUGUAACAAGAUAAACAAAAAAUAAAAAGCCAAAAACUACCUUUCUCCAUCCGUGAAAUUAUAGAUGAGGCAUACAAAUUUCUUUAAUGCUUCCCUUCCUUCCCCAAAUAUCGUCUGAUUGAUUGCCUCUUAUCUGGUGUCACCUCGUAUAUUGUAAAUUAAUACUGAAAGGAAAGAAAGCACUUAAGUUUCACAGAGGCCGUUAUGUUUGUAGUAAUGGGUCAUUGCCUACUAAUGAACUCCAUCACUGUACACAGAAUGAAGAAUAAUGCAUGUUAAUUUUCUUGUAUUAAAGAUGCCGUGAUUUGUAAAAAGUCUGUAUUUUGCGGAAUGUCUGGAUUAAGAAGCAUUACCAAUAGGAAUGGAUCGAUAGUUGAAUAAUGAUUUUUUAUACAUAGAUAUAUAAAAUACAGCCAGGAAAUCUUAAAUUACUUUUUUUUUAAAAAAAAAAUCUCACCAGUUACGUUUUUUCAAAGACUGACCUUAGACCAACUCAAAUUCACAUCUAUCAUUUAGUUAUUUUUUAAGGUUAGAGAAAUAAUUUGUAAAUAUUUAUUUAGACCUUUGAUAUUUAUUAAAGCAAUUAAUUACACACCACGGAAGUGAAAGAAUCAGGAGGAAAACCUUUUAAAAAGUUUUCUCCAGGUUUGUCAGGGUCACUCUAAAGAUGAAAAUGUAACUAAGUCUUCUGUGAAAGAGCCCUCCAGCCGGUCCUGAUGCUGUUGAGGUGGUGACACAGGCUAAUGCAGGCUGCUGCCCCCAAUCAGGCAGUGACUGGGUGUCUCGGUCCCCCCUCCCCGUCGCUGUGAUGCGUCCGCGUCGCCACGGUGCCGGUGCCGUGGUCUUGAGAGAGAGAGGGCAACCGAGAACACUUCACCUUCUCUGAUUGUUUUUCAAGUUUGAAAACUUCGAUCCACCCCUAUGAGAGCAAGUAUUGUGGAAAUAUUUUUGGUGUAAAAUCAUUCCAGAGUAUGUACUAUUUACCUGAUAGCUGCAUGAAAGUAAGAUUCGUGUUACUUUGGCUUUUUUUGUCUCCGUUGACACGGUUGCAACAUUUCCAAGUUACUACAGCGUGAAAACUGUGUGUUAAAAAAAAAAAAAACAAAAUUAAAAAAAAGAUUGUGGCCUGGUU